AUGCUGAGCACCGACAGGAUGGAGGAGUUUCAGAGCGAGGAAGAGGAGCCCUGGUACGACCAGCAGGACCUGGAGCAGGACUUGCAUUUGGCCGCAGAGCUGGGGAAGACGCUGUUGGAGCGCAACAAAGAGCUGGAGGACUCCCUGCAGCAGAUGUAUGCCACCAACGAGGAACAAGUGCAGGAAAUUGAGUACCUGACCAAGCAACUAGAGAUGUUGCGGCAGAUGAACGAACAGCACGCAAAAGUCUACGAGCAGCUGGACCUGACAGCACGGGACCUGGAGCUAGCUAACCAGAAGCUCGUGCUGGAAAGCAAGACAUCCCAACAGAAGAUACAGUGCUUGACGGAAACGAUUGAGGGGCUGCAGAACCAAGUGGAGGAGCUGCAGAAACAGGUGGAGGAAAUGCGGAGCUUGGAGCAGCUCCGCAUUCGGCGGGAGAAGAGGGAGCGGCGCCGAACCAUCCACACCUUCCCCUGCCUUAAGGAGCUGUGCUCCAGCCCCAGGUAUGAGGAUGCGUUCCAGGUCCACAGCUCUUCCACAGAGUUCAACCAGAAGCCACUGGAGAGGGAGAAUGAGCGUCUCCAAGCCAUGGUGAACUCCUUGAGGUCCCAGGUCAACCAGGAGAAGCAGCGGAAGGAAAGGGUUGAGCGAGAGUACACCUCCGUUAUUCAGGAGUACUCGGACCUCGAGCAGCGGGUGUGCGAGAUGGAGAACUGCAAACUGCGCAUCAAGGAGCUGGAAGCAGAGCUCCUAGAGCUACAGCAAAUGAAACAAGUCAAGAAGUAUCUGCUCAGCAGAGAAGACAACUUGUCUGAGGCCCUCCUCGAGCCUCUGAAUAACGCCCCAGAAGCAGACUACAUCGACUUGUCCGAGGAGGAGGGAGGGAAAAGUCAUGGGCCGUCAAUGACGCCUUCCCCAAACCACCCUGUCCGGAAAAGCUGCAGUGACACAGCCCUCAAUGCCAUCGUGACCAAGGAUGCCGUGAGCCGGCACGAGGGCAAUUACACGCUGCACGCUAACAACGUGCGCAAACGGGGCAUGUCCAUCCUGAGGGAAGUGGACGAGCAGUAUCACGCCUUGCUGGAGAAGUACGAAGAGCUCCUGAGCAAAUGCCGGCAGCACAAGGACAGCGUGCGUCACACAGGGGUCCAAACAUCCCGGCCCAUCUCUCGCGACAGCUCCUUCAGAGACUUCCGGGGAGAGGGACAUGAGUUGGAAGAACGGAAAACCAUGGAGAAGACCAUCAGCAAACACGUGGAGGCGGUGGACAAGCGGCUGGAGCAGAGCCAGCCUGAGUACAAGGCUCUUUUUAAGGAGAUCUUCUCCCGUAUCCAGAAAACAAAAGCAGACAUCAAUGCCACAAAGGUGAAAAACAAGAGCAGCAAAUGA